GACAAUUCUCGCGUCGUUGUCGUAUGACAGUUCUCGUUCGAUUCCGUAAGUCGACUCGGUCGACACGAGAGGUUUAUUUUUGUUCCAGCGAAGGGAAUGAACCGAUACGACACGACGUUCAUUCAAGAACUGUCAAACUAGCAACGGUUCAUGAGCUUAAUCUCAAAAUAAGGCCUAAAUAAUAAUUUGCAAAAUAUAACAAUUUUUAUUUCUUUUCCAUUUAAAAAAAAUGUUCAUUGUUGUUUAUCAAUUUAAGGUUUACUGGUAAAUAUAUGCACAUGUAAAGCUAAACAAAUAUUAAUCCCACUCAAAAGCAAUAUAUCCUGCAUGAUUGAACAAUUUUAUUGAUUUAUAAAUAUAUUCGUAUAACCGGCCCUUAUCUCAGAAAACUCGAGUUUAUUUUUGUGUUUAUUUUCUUCUCGAGCAGCAAAGUGCGAGUAUUUUUGAAAAUAACUUUUUUGAGUUUUUCUGAAUAAAAAGUGUGUUAAAAACAAUGAGUAGUUUUGAACUUUGGUUUAGUGAUGAUAGUGAGGAGGAUGAAGUUGAAGAUGUUCAUCAAGUGCGCGUUGAGCGACGAAGAUUGCGCGACAUGAGCAAUCCUUUAGAUUUGCCUCAAGCUUCUUUCAUUAAUUACUUCCGGGUAACAAAAGACCUGUUCAGCUAUCUGCUGAACAUACUAGAAGCAAAUCUAGAAGCGACCGUUAAAUCCUCAUCCGUACAGCCAAUAUUGAAGCUUUCGGCAGCAUUACGAUUUUUCGCUGAAGGCAGCUAUCAAAAGGGUGUUGGCAACGAUAUAUUUGCAGGAAUGGCGCAGCCAACUCUAUCUAAAGUGCUGUCGGUUGUGAUCGGAGUAUUUGAGGCAGAAAUUUGCCCUACAGCCAUUCGUUUUCCAGAAACAGAAGCUGAAAAGGACGAAAUAAAACGCGCGUUCUAUGAAAAAACUGGUUUCCCUGGGGUGAUCGGAUGUGUUGAUGGUACGCAUGUAAGGAUUUUCAAGCCAGUCAACGAUGUUCAACACCUAUAUUAUAAUAGGAAGGGAUUCCACAGUUUGAACGUUAUGCUGGUAUGCGAUCAUCAACAGAUUAUUCGUUAUGUGGAUGCCAAUAAUCCAGGAGCAAAUCACGAUUCGUUCAUUUGGAAUAUUAGUCCACUAGAUGCGCUGCUUAACGAACAGUUCCUAAAUGGGGAGAGAAAUACAUGGCUCUUAGGUGACGCUGGCUACCCUUUGAGAACGUAUUUAAUCACACCAUUUCGUAACUCUAACAAUGCACCAAGUUCUUCAAGGCAGGCAAGAUUCAAUGACAUCCAUUCUAAGACGAGAAAUGUUAUAGAAAGAACGAUAGGGGUAAUGAAAAAUGUGUUCAGGUGCAUUUUAGGAGCUCGUCAGUUGCAUUACAAGCCAGAAAAAGCAGCAAAAAUAGUGAAUGUUUGUUGCGCAUUGCACAAUUUACGAAAACGAUUCAAUGUACCGGAUGAUUAUAUACAGUGGGAGCAAAUUGACGAUGAAAUUGAUGAUCCUCCGAAUGAAGAAGAACUUGAAGCUAAUGAAAUCAGACAAGAAAUCAUGUAUUCCAUUACAUAAAGAUAUAAAUAAUAAACGCUCUACUAACAAGAUACAACACUGAUUAAUUCAACUUCUGAUCG